UCGGCUGUCUGUCUGUUCUCCGAGCGCAACAAAACGCGGAUGCGUGUGGGUGUCGGACUAUCGGACGUCACCCACCCAUCCACCAAGCGGAUCCCUCCCUCUCCGUUAUUCCCUCACUCCUCCCCCCCGGCCUGCUGCUUGCCUGCCCGACCGCACGCACUCCUUUCUCUCGCUUCCCCCCGGCCAGCCUUCGCCUCUGCUCGGCCACUCGCACCCAGACGGAACCCACCGACUCCUCGGGACACAGGGGAGAGCAGAAAGAAAAAGCCGGGAGGGGAAACAACACAACUGGAUAACUGAGAGGAACGACAAGCGGGCGCAUUGCAGCAUCUCGCUCCUCCACCACGCGUCAAGAUCUUCAAUUGUUGUUUUUAACGGCCUCUUGACAACAUUCUGACCCGAAAAGAGAGUUUGAACUCGCAUGGGGGAGAAGAUGUAAAGAGCCUGCGUGUGCUAAGCUUGAGCUGGACACGUUCAUUCAACGGCACCGUUAGCUCAUCUCUGUUAGAGACCACACUUUCUCUCUUCUUUUUUCAUUUAUUUAUUUUUUUGCCAAAUCAAAUUACACACUUCCCCACGGGCAGAAAGGCGACGAGAAAAACAACAAGAUGCUGUCCGAGCUGAACGCCUGGUUCUGGCAGGAGCGGCUGUGGUUUCCAGAAGGCCUGGGCUGGGCCGACCUGGUGGACCGUGACGGACGAGUGUAUGCCAAAGCGACGGAUCUCUGGGUGGCCCUCCCCAUUGCCCUCUUAUUCCUAAUCGUUCGUCAGGUGUUUGAAAGGACGGUGGCGACGCCUUUGGCCUCUGUACUCGGGGUAAAAGAAACAGUACGUCUCAGGGUGCCUCACAACCCCACACUGGAGUCUUACUACUGUAAAGUUACCAAAAACCCCACACAGGUUUCAGUAGUGAGUCUUUGCAAGCAGACUGGCUGCUCGCAAAGACAACUGCAGCGAUGGUUUAGAAGAAGGAGAAAUCUGGACAGACCCAGUUUGCUGAAAAAGUUUCGAGAGGCCAGUUGGAGAUUUACCUUUUACCUUCUUGCUUUCAUUGCUGGCCUGGCCGCCCUCAUCGACAAACCUUGGCUGUAUGAUGUGCAGGAGAUGUGGCAAGGCUUUCCUGUGCUGACUCUGCUACCAUCUCAGUAUUGGUACUACAUGAUAGAACUGGGUUUCUACGCUUCCCUGCUCAUCAGUGUGGCCUCUGAUGUCAAACGCAAAGACUUCAAGGAGCAGAUUGUCCACCAUGUUGCAACCAUCCUCCUCAUCAGCUUCUCGUGGUGCGUCAACUACAUCCGUGCUGGAACGCUCAUCAUGCUGGUGCACGACUCCUCUGAUUACCUCCUUGAGUCUGCCAAAAUGUUCAACUAUGCUGGCUGGCGAAAUACAUGCAACUACAUCUUCAUCGUAUUCGCCGCAAUCUUCAUCGUCACUCGCCUCGUCAUUUUUCCCUUCCGGAUUAUCUACUGCACAUGGGUGUACCCUGUGACCAUCUACGAGCCCUUCUUUGGCUACUACUUCUUCAACGGUCUUUUGAUGGUGCUACAGUGUCUUCACAUCUUCUGGGCCAUUCUCAUCAUACGCAUAGCUGUCCGCUUCCUCACCCACAAUGAAAAAGUGGAUGACGAAAGAAGCGACAAAGAUGAGACCGACGAGUCCGAUGAGGAGGAAGAGGAGGACAUUCAAAGGGUCACAAAGAAAAACGGGCCUCUGCAGAACGGCCACGUGGUGCACAACAACAACCACAGGAAGGUGGAAUGACAGGAAAGACGUGUGGAGCACAAGGACUCAUAUCCCCUGGCAGGACCAGCAACAGCAGCAGGAGGAACGGAGUGACAAAGAGGGAGAUGCAAAUUUGACACUGUUACCACACCACGACAACACACACACCUUCAUUUGUACAAACCCUAAAGAACACUACAGGAAGUGGCAUGGAUUAUUUUUGCUUUGUCAUAAAGUCCCCAUGACGGUGACAUUGGCCCACACGCGUUGUCACUCAAGACAGGGAAGAAACUGGCGAGAAGAGAGGAGGGAAGUAAUGAUGAAACGUCUGCCAUAGCGUCCCUCGCUCUAAUUGUGUGCCUUAGAGCCAGAUAACGGCUUCUUUAAAAAAAAAAAAAAAAAAAUGCCAUUUCAAAACGCGACGCUUUAAUUGUGUUUUUGCUUUGUGUUUUGACUUAAAGAACAAAUCGAGCAUCCCUGUUUUUUGAAAGGAGAAGAGGGGGCAUUUAUUUUCCAAAAUUGUGUCUAUGCAACGAGCUAUUGCAAUGGCUUUGCACAACCCUACACUUCCUUUUAUUUUUAUGUCUUUUUAUUGGAUCUUAGCAGUUCAACUGUGUGCCUCACACUUUCAAUGUAGCUCGUGCCAUUUGUAAAGGGGACUUUAAUUCAUUUCCAAUUCCAUAAACAAACUACAAGAAAAUAUUGGUAAAGAAGAGCGUAUUUCUUCAAAUAGUGGCUAUCCCUCAAAUAGACCAUGUUCUCCAGUUACUCGCCAGGUGCCUCAUUCACUUAGGACAACCCUCCCUCAAAUAGACACCCUAACCCAAUUAGUUGAUGGGUGCAUCAACCACUUAUGUCAAAUAAACGCCUCCCUCAAAUAUACGCCAUUCCUCAGUUAGUUGCCGGGUGUGUCAUCCACUCAUAACAAAUGCCUCGCUCAAAUAGACGUACCCUAAUUAGUCGCCAGGUAGGGCUAGGUCAUCCACCUAUUAGAAAUACCUCCCACAAAUACUGUAGAUGCCCUGCCCUUAUUAGUCAAAGCGUGUAUCAGCCACUAAUGACAAAUAAAUGCCUCCCUCAAAUUGUUGCCAUUCCCCAAUUAAUUGCUGGGUGUGUCAAUAGCAGCGAGACAAGCGGCCACCAUCUUUGUAGUAUUUUCUUAAAACAUGGAAUGAGCACUUCAAACACAUCUAAAAUACUCCAUAACAAAUCCAUCCAUUGUCUAUACGCCUUAUCCUAUAUAUUCACACUCACAUUCACUCCUACGGGCAAUUUAGAGUCUUCCAAUAACCUACCAUGCAUGUUUUUGGGAUGUGGGUGUAAACCAGAGUACCCGGAGAAAACCCACGCAGGCACAGGGAGAACAUGCAAACUCCACACAGGCGACACCAGAUUUUAACCCGGUCCUCAGAACUGUGAGGCAGAUGUGCUAACCAGUCAUGCCGCCUCCCAUAACAAAUAUUACUAAAAUACAUGACCUAUUCUACUGCCCGCACUGCUCUUCUCAAAAAAUUUCUAUUUGCGCUAUUUAAGUCGAGUAUUUAGGGGCAAGUGACACUCUUUGAAACGUCAUGGUCAUUUUGACGCGUUGGAGAACCUCUGGGAAUUUCAUACCGUACAAACUUAUCAGUGGAUGUAUUUAACUGAAACUUGUCAAACAAACGGUUUCCGAGUGGCAGACAAAAGGAAAGUGUUGAGGAGGUAUGUACAGAAAUAUCAAAUGAAUGUUUUACCCUAAUUUGAAGGUGUUUUUUUAACCUGACCUUUAUACAGGCGAUAACAAGUCCCCCCACCCACACAGAUACACUCGCUCAACUGGUAGUGGCAGUCUACAGCUUGAAGCCUCUUUUUUGAAGAAUAUUUACUCAUUAUAUCAGCCAAAGUUGUCACGAUACAAUUGUAUCAAUUUUGACUUGACCCAGAAGCAGGCAGAGGCUGAAGAAGUUUGUGGGGAAUGGUUUAUUGAGCUUGGAUUCGGAAUUGGAACUCUGAGGCGUAAUGGCGGACCGUCGAGACGGGGGAUGUGCGGGAAGAGGUGGCGUGAGCAGGUGGAAGGGCUUGACGGCCUGGUUGGAGAGCUCAGCAAGGCGAGGAGCACAGAAGGCGCACUGAUGACGAGGAAGAACAUGGAGGUCAAAGCAAUUGCAAGAAAUGGUGUAGCUUACGUGCGAGUAGAGAGCCGGUGUACCACAGGUGAACAUUAAUACUCUGGCAGUGGAGUCCUGGAUCUGGCAGGCUUAAAUGCAGGCAAUGACGAAGGCUGAUUGACAACAGGUGCUCAGCUGAGGUGGUGCUGAUUACUAGGAAGAAAGCGAGAGAGUGCGUGACGGGCGCAUAGCACCACCCAAACUCCAAAAAAGGAACUGCAGGGCACAGCUCAUGACAAAAGUGCCGCUUUUUGUCAGGUUUGUGGAGCCUCCUGCCGCCACACAGCACUCGUUUCUCAAGUUUGGGCUCGCAAGUCAAAACAAAAACUCGGCCAAUCGACAGCACAUAUCUCGAAAAAAUUGAGUGACUCAUAUCCUGAGGCACCACUGUAUUUUUUUCCAUGGAGUGUAUAAUAUAAUAACAGUCCCCCCAGGAUUGCACAGGCUUUGCGGCCUAAAAUUCAGUGACAUCUCUCGCACACUCAUCCACCCCUUGUCUGAUUACAUUACACAUUCAACUAUGUAUUUUAAAGAGAUAUUAUUUGACAAUAUUUACACACAGAAACUCACAAAUAAAUACAAUUGUGCCUUGAUUUAUGGGUAAUUUCCGAGUUUGUCGAGAUAUGAGUUGUCGCUCUGCUGAGUUUUUGCUUUGACUUGCGAGCAAAAUUCUCAAUUCAUUUUAUUUAUUUAACCUUCAUUUUUUAUGUAUUAACAUGAACACUAACUACAUGGUUGUUGCAAAUCACUUCACAGCAAGUUGCAGUCCAUCAAUCCAUUUUCCAUACCACUUAUCCUCACUAGGGUCCCGGGCGUGCUCGAGCCUAUCCCAGCUGACUCUGGGCGAGAGGCGUGGUACACCCUAAACUGGUCGCCAGCCAAUCGCAGGCUGCAUAUAAACAAACAACCAUUCGCACUCAUAUUCACACCUACAGGAAAUUUAGAGUCUCCAAUUAACCUACCAUGCAUGUUUUUGGGGAGUGGGAGGAAACCGGAGUACCCGGAGAAAACCCAUGCCGACACGGGGAGAACAUGCAAAGUCCACACAGGCAAGACUGGAUUUGAACCCAGUUCCUCAAAACUGUGAGGCAGAUGUGCUAACCACCGUUCCGCCUCCCAUAAUAAAUAUUGACUAAGAAAUCAAUUUAUUACUAAAAUACAUGACCUAUUCUACUGUCCGCACUAUUCUUCUCACAGAUGUUCCGUUUGCGCUAUUUAAGUCGAGUAUUUAGGGCAAGUGACACCGUUUGAAACGUCAUGGUCAUUUUGACGCGUUGACUUGGAGAACCUCUCGGAAUUUCGGCCCAUACAAGCUUAUUGAUGGAUAUUUUUAACUGAAACUUGUCAGCCAAGCGGUUUCCGAGUGGCAGACAAAAUGAAAGUGUUGAGGAGGUAUGUACAGAAAUAUAAAAUGAAGAUGUACUGUUUUACCCUAAUUUGAAGGCGUUUUUUUUUAACCUGCCUUUUCUAUAGGCGAUAUCACACAAAAACAUUCCCAACACAAAAACCUCAUUUCCUUGGAACCCAUCAUGGUAAUUCUUGGUGCAUUGUACUCAGGUUAAAGUGACCAUCACAACUAUACUCAGCAUUUUGACAGACUCAUUUUGGGGAAAUCUUGUCAUGUUGCUAGUAGUUGUGUAACAAUUCGUAUCACGAUUCUUGGUUACCAAUUCGUCUCAUGGACGAUAUUGUUUUAUUUCUAAAGUUACAAUACAAUUCUGUGGCUUGAAAUCUGUUCAGUAACUUUUUAGCCAAAAAUUCAACCAGUGUGACUGUGAAAUAAAUACCUGCAAACUGACAGUGCAGGUAAAAUUUCCUAGAUUCCUGUUGUUUUUUUUGUAAGGGAAUCAGGUAAAAUUACAGUAAUUAUGGUCAUAAAUACACUUUUCCUGAUGUACUUGUAUUGCUUCGCAAUAAAACAAAAGGAAAACAGCAACUUAUUGUUAUAUUAUUUCAGCUAUGAUUUUCUGAUUUGGACAUUUUCUUUCCUCAAAAAAGAUGUUUAAUUGGUGUUAGAAUUAUGAUGGGGUACUUGGAAAAACGUCUCCAAUGUAAGUGGUCCCCAGACCCAAAAAGAUUGGGAAUUCCUGUUGUAAAAUGUCAAAUACCAAUGGCUAAAAAUCAAGCACCGUGAGGUUUUCACAAGGAAAUCUUUGAGGAAUAUCGUUAAUGAAACACAGAAAGUAAACAAGUGAACAAACCUGCUCUUUGUAACACAAACAUAAGGCUGGAAAACAGUGUCCAGUAAUUGACUUGCCUGAUGAAAUUCCUCUUGUACUCUGCUAUCGUUUUUUUUUUUUUUUUUUUUUUAAUAAAGCUACUAAUAUGUCUUCGAUGGCCACACUUAAUCGUGCAUUUAGCAAUGCUCUCAGCAUUUCAACUUUACACAUUUUCACGCAAUAAUCGCAACACUAAACUCACGCUUGCUCUUUGCAUCUCCAUGUUAGAGCAGCUAGCAAGCUAAACUAAGCUCGCUUGAAAGGCUUCAACGUACACCAAGGCGAGUAAUACACACGCAUCCAUAUAAAGUCUGCCGUGCAAAAUUGUAUUGCGUUAUUUUACCUUUAAAACCUUUUUACCUUUUCCAACGAUUUUAAAUCAAUAUAUUUUGUCUGGUGGGUCAACUUGUCGAGCACAGAGCAAUGCAGUUGGAUCAUAGGGAUAUAAAUCGAUACAUUGAUGUAGUGAAUGAAUCAUUACACCCCCAGUUGCUAGUAUCAUCCACUUAUGACAAAUAAAUACCUCCCUCAAAAAGACACCUUGUCCCAAGUCGUCGCCAGAUGCAUACCCCACUUAAGACAAAUAAACACCUUGCUCUAAUUAGCCACCAGGCGUGUCAUCCAUUUGUGACAAAUGAUCACCUCCCUCAAAUUGACACAUUGCUCCAAUUAGCAACUUGGUGCGUCGUCCACUUAUGGGAAAUUAAUACCUCCCUCAAAUUGAUGCUGUGUGCCUCAAUUAGUCUUUCCUUCAUUAUCCACUCAAUGCAAAUAAAUGCCUCCCUCAAAUCGACACUAAUUGGUCACCUGAAGUGCCAUCUUAUGACAAACAAACUCCUUCCUCAAAGAGAAGAGAUUAGAUCAGAGAAAAGAUCAAAAGAUUAGUAACUGUAAUGAUUUCAAUUCAUAGAGGCUGUUGUUCACAUAUGGACCUCUCAAAAUUGCUGAGCCGAUUUAAACUCUGUUACCAACCAAAACAGCAGCACCUGACCACUCUGAAAGGCAUAUUAAAGUUAUGCUGUAAACAAGUUCCCUGCAGAAUAAUAAUAUGCAGACCACAUUCUCUAUUUUCGUGACCGGCGUAAAUCUGGUGCGCCAGGAGGCAGGUUAGACCGGUUUUUUUCGUAAUUUUGUAGACACACCUAAACCGGCAUAUUUAAAAAAGGACGGUCUGUGACAUCUAUGUGGGGAGGAGAACGCAGCGAUCUGUGUGUGACCAUUGUUGCAGCUCUUGCCCGGUGUGGCAACAGACAAGUGAGCGGUUACCCUUAUUAAAUACAGAUUGAAUUGGUGAUAACAGCUUGCGACUUAAAUAGACCCACUAACUUCAUGUAUCUAACCCCACCCCGAUCGUUUUUGGUCCCCCCCCCCCCCCCCCCACACCCAUAACAUAACUAUGUGCCAGCCAGUGGAAUGUAAUAAUGACGAUAAUAAUAAAAAUGCGGUGGCACGGUGGACGACUGGUUAGAGCGUCAGCCUCACAGUUCUGAGGACCCGGGUUCAAUCCCUGGCCCCGCCUGUGUGGAGUUUGCAUGUUCUCCCCGUGCCUGCGUGGGUUUUCUCCGGGCACUCCGGUUUCCUCCCACAUCCCAAAAACAUGCAUGAUUUGGAGACUCUAAAUUGCCCAUAGGCAUGACUGUGAGUGCGAAUGGUUGUUUGUUCCUAUGUGCCCUGCGAUUGGCUAGCAACCAGUUCAGGGUGUACCCCGCCUCCUGCCCGAUGACAGCUGGGAUAGGCUCCAGCACGCCUGCGACCCUAGUGAGGAGAAGCGGCUCAGAAAAUGGAUGGAUGGAUAAUAAUGCGUUCAGUGAAUAGAUUUCUGCAAUGAUUCUGAGGAUUUGAUGUCCGCUGUUCACAUAUUUAUGAAUGGAAUACGUCUGACAUUACCAGACAUGUCCGUGGACCUCAGAAACCAUCUGCCUGUGCCCUGAUUAAAUUCACCAAAAUCGCAAAAGACCAGCUGUCUAUGUUAAUGCUCUGGAGAGUUUCGUAAGUUAUUUGUUCUGCCUACUCUGGCUUGGUUCUUGCCAUUUUCUUUGCAUACUAAUCAUUUUUAUUUGGUUUUAAACUGACAUAUGUUAUAGUAAUACAAUCUCCACCCAUCUGCAGUUGAGUAACAAAACGCCCCCGCCACUAUUUGUGGAACCAUAGUAUACAGCCACUGUAGUAUGUAAAGUGCUCUGUUUGAGAUCUUACACGUUUGCAGAAGAACCACAGCUCUCUGCUCUUUUGACAGAUUGGAAUGUAUUUCUUGUGCUUUUUCCCUACUUACUGGAAUGAGUGGAACUUUCCUCAUGUUAGAGACCACUGCCUAGUUGCUGUGGGUGAUGUUUAUGAACCAGAAUUUUGUACAUGAAAUGAGGUAAAAGUGUGAUAUUUGACAUAGCAAGGAGGUUAUUAUCACAAACCCACAUUUUGUUAUGCAUUAAUGUUUUGUUUUUCCUGUGUCAAGUGCCUUAUUUGUAAUUUACGGGACAUUCCCUCUCCUCUCCGCUUGUCCUGUUCUUCUUCUCUGUCUCCGUCUCCCUCACACAUCACAAGCAGCUUGUCUUCCUUCAUCACUCACUUUCCUCCUCCACAUAUCCCUCGUUCCACCACCACCUACCUUUUCUUCCUCUUCUUUCCUUUUUAACUAACCUCGACCAACCAACCAAGCUUUCUUCUUCCCCCAGUGAUGCAGAAGCAACAGCUCGGUCCAGGUUACAGUGUUAUCUUUUUUGUUUUUGUUUUUUUGUUAAAUGACGCUGAAGUAUUGUUAUUAAUAAAAGCAAAAGAUCAUGAAUCACA